GAUUUUGAGUGUUAUCUAUUGACAAUUGACAUAAUCGUUUUUGUUUUGCAUUUCGCAGCUGUAAUAAGAUAAAAUGUAAACAAACUAAUACCUCAGAUAAAUAUAUUAGCUGAUUAUUACCAGCAACCAUGGAUGUAGAAGCUAAAAUAAAAGAAGACAUGAAAGCCCUUGGCUGCACUAGUGAACAAAACAUCACUCUAGCACUUUAUUUAUACGUAACAUUAGUGGAUGAUCGACUUAUGUAUGAUACUGAAUAUUGUUAUAAUACAGACAUAGAUACGCUUUACAUCGUUGCGAGGCCAAAUAAAUUGCAUAAAAUGAAUAUAUAUGUACCAAUUUCAUCAAGUUUUGAUCUAUCAUUUGAUUACAUAGGUAAACUACAAGAAAAUUUAUGUACCGUGGAGACAGGUCCUUCUAUAAACCUUGCUAUCUUUGAAGAGGACUUUACCAUGAAUAUUUAUACAUUUACAAAAAAUUUGGAACCUCGUCAAAGCGACGAAAAAGCAACACAGUUGAAAUUGAAAGAAGAGCGACGUUCUUUUAUUAAUGGUGAAUUAAAGAAACACAAAGAAAGAAUUUUAAAUGAUGCUCUUAAUGGUGGCUUUGUUGAUGAUGAUGAUUGUGAAAUUGUAGGCUGAAUUCUAACAUUUCAAUCUCAACAUUUGAAAAUAUUAAUGGUAAUUUUAGUUUUCAUUCUGCAAUAAUAUUUCUACACUUGAAAUCAAUAAUUUUUUGAAUGGCUUGAAUCGUCUUAAUAAGUCUGACUUUUCAUUUAAGUUUUCAUUGUAGUAGUUGUUUAUGCCCAAGUAUUGUAUGACCUAUUCUGUAGGUUCUACAUUUAUUUUCAAUGAAAAAGCUUACCACCUAAACAGAAACUAAAAACUAUUUGUUUUCCAAAUUGCAUAGUGAGGAAGUAUUGUCUUCCAAAUUAUUUCUUUAGAUAUAUUUGGGUUAUCUGGUUUAGAUAUAUACUGUACUUAUCUAUUUAUUAGAUCUUAGGUUAAGUGAAAGUUUUUUUAUUAAUUUUUUACUUUAAAAACUGUAAGGGACUACCACCUUAGCAUGAAAUAAAAGUAUUAAUUUAUUAA